GUUUUACAGCAGAUCACAAUGUUUUCUUACCCUCUACUGGUUUUCGAUGAAGGUUAAAGCAGUUCUGGAACUUUACGCACAAGAAAAGCAUGUUCUCUUUGUUAACCGGCAUGGAUCAAAAGUGCUAAACUACUACAUAACAUACAAGGUUGGUGCCACAAGCCUAUCAGUUCUGAAGAGUUUAUGGCAAGUGUAUUGGUUGCAUAACCACCAUAAGGAACUUGAUAGGGAUGAUGUACUUGGUUGGCUCAAUGAAAGCCUACUAAAACUAGAAGCCAGAUUUACAGUCUUUUUAAAACAGUUAGAAGAAGCUGGAUGGCAGAAAGACCAGAUCAGUCUCAAGGUACCUAAGCAUCUGCUUUUUGAAGAAGCAGAUUCACUUGCAGAGCUUUUUCAGUGAUGGAUAAAUCAUUUUGGUUACUGCUUCUUUAUAUAGAUUGGUGCAGAGCUAUAAAGUAUUGUAUGUGUAUAUAUUUGAAGACAAUUUUAAUUUGAAAUUGACUGAUUUUGGGUGGCC